AGCGACAUUAGCCGCCCAGUGGCUUCGGUUCGAUGUCAGCUGUGCACCUGACAGAUGUUCGCUAGCAAUUCCCAUCGACAGAACAUAAUUUCUCGCCUCUCUUCCCCUUUAAAGCGAGCGAACUUCCCUGUUCAGCGUUGAACGCGCUUCUGGUGUGCAGCGCCGCAGAUCAAAGGGUGACAUGAUUCUGCUUUGAUCGGUGUUCACGGUACAUUCAUACAUUCUACGGACAUUUAAAGCAGGAUGGAUUUGGACGUGGUGAACAUGUUCAUCAUUGCUGGAGGGACGCUGGCGAUCCCCAUCCUGGCUUUUGUAGCCUCCUUCCUUCUCUGGCCUGCAGCUCUCAUUAAGGUUUAUCACUGGUAUUGGCGCAGAAGGCUGGGAAUGCAGCUGGAUUUUGCUGAAUAUGAAGGAUAUCGCUUUUGUUACUCUCACAGAGGGACUCCAGGAACCCGUCCGUCCGUCCUCAUGUUACACGGCUUCUCUGGACACAAAGACAUGUGGCUUGGUGUGGUCAAGUUUCUUCCUAAAAAUGUGCACUUGGUGUGUAUUGACAUGCCGGGACAUGAGGGUACGACACGCACCAGCGCUGUGGAUUACUCCAUCGAGGGCCAAGUCAAACGGAUACACCAGUUUGUGAAGAGCGUUGGUUUGAACAAAAAGCCCUUUCAUUUGAUCGGCACAUCCAUGGGAGGAAACGUGGCUGGAGUUUAUGCCGCCCGUCACCCUUCUGAUCUCUGCGCCGUCACGCUCAUCUGUCCAGCAGGUCUUGAGUAUCCCACUGAAAGCAAGUUUGUUCAGCGUUUGAGGGAACUGGAGAAAACUCAGAACAGCGACGGGAUCCCGCUGAUACCCUCUACCCCAGAGGAGAUGGAGGAGAUGCUCAAACUGUGUUCAUACGUGCGCUUUAAGAUCCCUAAACAGAUUCUUCAAGGACUGGUUGACGUUCGUAUUCCUAACAAUGACUUCUACCGCGAGUGCUUUAUGGAGCUUGUCGGAGAGAAAUCCAGACACUCUUUACAGGAGAACAUGCAUCUCAUUUCAACUCCUCUGCAGGUUAUUUGGGGGAAAAAUGAUCAGGUGUUGGACGUGUCCGGGGCUUCGGUUCUGGCAAAGGCCGUUCCAGGAUCUCAGGUUCAUCUGCUAGACAACUGUGGUCAUUCAGUAGUGUUGGAGCGGCCGAGGAAAUCCGCCCAGCUCAUCAUGGACUUCAUCAUCGCACAACAGAACGCAGGAAUCAACAGCAACAAGAAACUGUCCUAACACUAGACUUUGUAUAUCUUUAAGAUAUACAAGAUACGGCUUUGUGGUUGGUUGAAGGUUAAGCAAGGUUAAGCUGCUAACCUAAAGGAUGCUGGGUUCAUCUCAAAUAAAGGACAAGUAGAAAGAUGGAUGAAAGACUUUUAAAGCAACAACACAAGAUUUUACUAUGGAAGCUUGUUUUUGUCACUGAAAAAAAAGGUAAUUACGACUUUUUUCCUCAGAAUUGCAUGAUAUAAAUUUGCAACUGAGUUUUUUUUCUCAGAAUUGUGAGAUAUAACUUUUUUCUCGUAAUUCUGCCUUUUUCUCACUAUACUGACUUGAUUUGUCUAAAUCGUGAGAUAUAAAAUGUCAACUGUGAGUUAUAAGUCCAGAUCUGAAGAAAAAAAGUCUAUUUGUUGAGUUUAUAUUUUGCAAUUCUGGCUUUUUUUUUCACAAUUGCAGGUUUUGUUAUUUUUCAGAAUUGCAACUUUGUAAUUCUGUCAGUUUACCUUGCAAUUAUGAGUUCAAAAUGUAAUUCUGUUGGGGAAAAAGUCUGAAGUGUGAGAUAAAAAGUCACAAUUACCUUUUUAUUUUAUAUUCAGUGGCAGAAACAGAUUUCCAUAUUUUACAACCUGUAAAUAAUCAGUAAAAGUUAUUUUUGUAGUUGAACGCUCAGGGACGCACAAUAACCGCUGAGUUGAAAAGCACUUCAGAAGCUAUGCAGAUACAGAUCGAUGUCCUGCAGACGGUAUCUAUUCCAGUCCAACCUAGAAUAGACCAAAAACAGUAACUAUUAAUAUAUUUCUAAUUUUCCACCAUUCCAAGUUUGAAUGAACUACUUAGACGGCUUUUCCGGGCAUCAAGGGCCAGAAAUGCUGUCUGCUUUUAGAUUUUGAGACAUGGCCUGUAUGUUUAUCCCUUUUGUUGUUCUUAACCUUGUCGUUUUCCAUUUUACCAUGAUUUAAUCUUAACGUGAAACGUGUGUCUUUAUCAUUCAGACAUCAUUAUUCUUUCCUGUACUACUGUAGUUCUUACAGUUUUAACAUUGUACAUAAGACUGUCUUGAAAAUGCAUUUUGGAAAUCAUGACUUUCUUAGAAUCUGCUUAAUACUGUCUUUAAAUGCAUAUUUAGCGAAUACAGUAUUUUUCGUGACUUUAGGUUCGGUUUACAUGGUCUUGAAACACAGGAGACGUAGUGAGGUUUUCAUUUUAUUUAUCAGUGAUAAUGUAUCACAACAUUUUCUUGGAAAGAUUCUCCAAAUCACACAGGAGCUUAGAACAGAACGUGGUUUAGAUAUGACUAAAUAUCUUUAUGAAAGACAUCUAGGUGCAUUUGCAUCAUAUUACGGCUUGUGGCUUCAUGGAAGACCAGAAUCACAAAGUACUUAAUAGUAUAAAUAUUUUUCCAAGCUGAAAAUUAUUAUUGUAUCCUUUUAAUGUAAAAAGAAAAUAAAAACUUUAAUUAAAAGUUUGA